UUCACUAAUAGACGCUGCUAGUUAUCUCCCUUUAGCGCUCUUUUAUUUGUUGUGUCCUCCAGUGUGAUUGGAAAUUAUACAAAGAUGUCUGCUACACAAAACGACCACAAAUUAUGACUCAUUUACCAACAAAUAAAACGGUUCUUGCCCCUUGUAAGUGAUUUCUGGCCAUCACUUUGUUGUCACCAUGGAGCAGAGCUGUGAAGGAAAUUCCUUUGAUGCUGGCAGUAGUAGCAGUAGUAGUAAAACUCAGAGCUCGAAAGACUGGCCAGAAGAUACUGCAGUGGGCUACCAAGAUCCUAUGACUCAUUUUUUUGUUGGAGAUAUGGAAGAGUAUCUUGAUGAUCAAGAAAGCACAGAGAAAAAGGUGAUAGUUGGAAUUUGUGCAAUGGCCAAAAAGUCCAACUCCAAACCCAUGAAAGAAAUAGUAAAGCGUCUUGAAAACUUCACACGUCUUCAGAUUGUCAUAUUUGAGGAGGACGUGAUUCUCAACAGCCCGGUUCACGAAUGGCCUGUGGUCAAUGCAUUUAUUUCUUUCUUCUCAAGUGGUUUCCCUUUGGACAAAGCUAUUGCAUACAAAAAUCUAAGGCAACCAUUUGUUGUAAAUAACUUGGAGAUGCAGUACAUCCUUCAGGAUAGGACUGAGGUGUACAGAUUAUUGUCAGAGCAUGGCAUUCCACAUCCACGGUAUACAGUUCUGAAUAAAGAAAGAGAAUCAGAUUGUGCUGUUGUGGAGACAGAGGAUUCUAUUGAGAUAAAUGGAAAGCUUCAUACUAAACCCUUUGUUGAGAAGCCUAUCAGUGCUGAGGACCACAAUGUCUACAUCUAUUUUCCACAGGCAGCAGGAGGUGGGAGCACUAGACUGUUUCGGAAGGUGAAGGACAGAAGUAGCGUCUAUUCACGCACAAGCCGUGUUCGACGCAAUGGAGCUUUUGUUUACGAGGACUUUAUGCCAACUGAUGGAACUGAUGUCAAGAUUUACACAGUGGGCAUGGACUAUCAACAUGCAGAAGCUCGUAAAUCCCCAGCUCUGGAUGGCAAAGUGGAGCGAGAUGAAGAUGGAAAAGAAAUCAGGUACCCUGUGCUCCUGUCUGCUAGAGAAAAACUCAUAGCCAGGAAGGUGUGCAAGGCAUUCAAGCAAAAUGUUUGUGGCUUUGACUUACUUAGAGCCAAUGGCAAAUGCUUUGUGUGUGAUGUAAAUGGAUUCAGCUUUGUUAAGACAUCAAACAAAUACUAUGACGAUUGUGCUAGGAUACUUGGUACGCUUAUUUUGAGGGAGGUAUGUCCAACACUUCAUAUACCUUACCCAGUGGGGCCAGCCCCAGAAGACAUUCCAGUCGUGCCAACAACCAGUGGACCCAUGAUGGAACUAAGGUCUGUUGUUGCUCUUAUUCGUCAUGGAGACCGAACACCUAAGCAAAAGAUGAAAAUGGAAGUUAAAAAUAAGCUAUUCUUUGAGCUGUUUGAAAAAUAUGGAGGAUUCAAGAGUGGCAACCUAAAGCUGAAGAGACCUAAGCAGCUACAGGAAGUUCUUGACAUUGUCCGUCAGCUGUUGGCUGAUGGAACCGUUACUACUGACCCUGACCUACAGGAUAAAAAGGCCAAGCUGCAACAGAUGAAGCUAGUUCUGGAGAUGUACAGUCAUGGACAACAGACAUCAGCACAGUACGGCCAUUUCUCUGGAAUAAACCGCAAAGUACAGCUCAAGUACCAGCCUCAAGGGAGACCUAAACGUUCCUCCAGUGAAGAUGCAGAGGAUGCCUCUACCCCCCUUGGGUCUGCGGAAGAGGCGGAACUGUACCCUGGCCCAUCCGGAGUGCAUGGUCAUGGGCUGUGGGAUGAUGCACCUCGAGAUCCCUCACUUCUGCUUAUUUUAAAGUGGGGAGGUGAACUCACUCCAGCAGGCAGAAUUCAGGCUGAAAAUUUGGGCAAAGCAUUCCGUACACUCUACCCUGGUGGGCAAGGUCAGUUUGAAGCCCCUGGCCUAGGGUUUCUCAGACUCCACAGCACAUUUCGACAUGACCUAAAAAUCUAUGCUUCUGAUGAGGGGCGUGUACAGAUGACUGCUGCAGCUUUUGCCAAGGGACUGCUUGCAUUGGAAGGAGAGCUUGCACCCAUUUUGGUGCAGAUGGUAAAAUCUGCUAAUACUAAUGGUCUCCUAGAUGCAGAUGGAAAGACCUCCAAGUGUCAGAUAGUAGUGAAAGAAAAACUGAAGGAUGUCUUCAACCAAAAGAGAGAUUUUAAUGAAGAGGACUAUUUUAAGCUAAACCCAUUGAACACUUUGGCAUUAAAUAAUGCUAUGGACUUUGUGAAGAAUCCCCUCGCCAUGUGUGAAAGGGUCUAUCAGAUGAUCAGAGAAAUCACAUCCAAGAUCCGCACUUUGAAGGCAGAGCUCAAAACACGAGACCUGACAUUAUACAAUGGAGAAUCUUGGGAGCUUCUUAUACGGCGGUGGGCAAAACUCGAGAAAGACUUUCAGCUUAAGUCAGGGAAGUUUGAAGUCAGCAAAAUCCCUGAUAUCUAUGAUUGCAUCAAAUAUGAUCUCCAGCACAACCAAAGCACUUUGAACUUUGAGCGAGCACAGGAGCUGUUUAUGUGUUCAAAGGCUUUAGCAGACAUCAUUAUCCCACAGGAAUAUGGGAUUACAACAGAGGAGAAACUGCACAUUGCUCAAAAUUAUUGCCUUCCUAUAUUGCGAAAAAUUCGAUCUGAUUUCUUGCAAGUGAGCAAUCUUGCAAUGGAUGAUGAUGCCACCCGCCUAGACUCCCGGUAUUCUAAGGGUGUGUCAUCUCCUGAACGGUUUGUGCGCACUAGACUGUACUUCACAAGUGAGUCACACAUCCACUCAGUGCUCAACAUUCUUCGCCAUGGCUGUCUCUUUGAGCCUGCCUCAGACAGUCAGUGGGACAGAGCGAUGAGUUUCCUAGAUGCCACUGCUGAGCUAAACUACAUGUCUCAAAUUGUCAUCAUGCUUUUUGAGGACCCUUCCAAGGGCCUCAAUUCAGAUGAAAGGUACCAUAUGGAGCUGCACUUCAGUCCUGGAGCACACACAUCUUGUGAUGAACCUAGCGAGCCACGUGGAAUGGGUUAUAGACCCAAGAACAAUAGCACUUCUAGACAGGUAACUUCUGACAAUGACAGCUUCAAAACUCCUUCCCGGCUGGUAUCAGCAUUUGCAGGCCCACUGCCCUCAAAUAAACACUUGAUGCGGAUGGACAUAGCAGCAACAUCAGACCUGGGAGAUAUUCAUGAAUCGGAACUGUUUGACUUGGCAUUGACCCCUAGCAGCUCUCUACCAAGUUCUCCUCGUUCACAAGACACACCUACCAAAUCACAGGUGAGCACCCCAACACAAAAAGCAGCCAGUUUCAUCCCAGGCUCCCCAGAUCCCACCAUUCCAGAGUGGGACUGGGGAGAUGAGGGUGAGCACACAUCAAUCACUUCAGCCAGUGCAAAGCCUGAAAACACCUUCCAAGCAGAUGAGGCAUCCAGGGACGAAAGCAUGACAAGUUUAGAGAGAAAAGACAUGAACAGUGAGGAGAGAGAGAUGGUGGGGAGAGAUUGUCAUCCUCUGCAGAGGAGGUGAAAACCAACCACCAGGAUUCAGAUGUCGUACGGCCUGUGCUGCUUUCCUCUCCUCCAAUGCUGAUAUCCCGCCAGCACUCAACUUCACAGCCCAUUGACAUUAACAUUAUUUCACCCAGCAGUACUAG